GAACGGGAACGUAUCCUCACACAUCGCGCAUCGCAGCUCCGCUUUUACGCAAGUUCGUGUGUUUUUUCUGUAAUUUUUGUGGUAGGAUUGAACGGUUUUAAUUUGGUGGACGACGAGCCUUCUUUUUGGGGGAUUAUGAAGAAAAGUGUUUGGAAGAUCAUUCUGAAUCGGGACGUGUUACGUAUUCAAACAAUACAGCGGAUGGGCUGUUGUGUGGAAAGUGAAUUGCUAAGUUGUUUAAUUAGCUUGAAGUGACUUGUUGAACGUGAAGGUUUGCAUCCGAAGUGUGCGAGAACGAAAAGUUUCUAAAUGUCGACGGGUUGUUUGGAUUGUGAUAUUGGAAUUGGUUUUCCAGAGGUGAACGCCAGAUGAGGAUUUCGGAAAACGUAAGCGAAGGCAACGCUAGAUAGAGAUUGUCAGUUCCCGGGGGCGAAAGACACAAGUGGGUGAUUACACAACUAAUAUUUAAAGAGCAAAUUGUGGCGAAAACAAUAUUUGCAUACUCUUUAAAAGGUGAAGAAAACAAAAUUAUAAAACACUGUCUGGUUAAUAAACGAAGCGUUGUCAAUUGGAGGUUCGAGUUACCUGAGUUACAGUCCUCUUCUGCGCACAACGAUCAGGAAAGGAAGCUGGCACCCGAGCCGGACUGUUGUAAAUGUUAAUUACAAAUAUCCGCGGCCUCUAGGAUAGGCAGACUGUCAGCCCAGUGGUAACAUUGGCGUUGGCCUUUGCCACCGUUGAAUGUGUUUCCGAGCAAAUAUGUGGUCUGCGGUUCGGUAAAUACAGUGCUGUGUGUCGAAACAGAACGAUCGCGCCCUUAGCAGUGCAGUUCCGCUCGUGGAACGAUCGAGAAGAGAUCACUAAUAGCUCAGCGCGCGGUAUUUUUUCUUAUUUUCUGAAGAGUGAAAAAUUAACUCGGGAACAAGGGCGGGCACGGAUGUGGUGAAGAAAAGCCCUGAAGAAACCGAUUAGCAUAAGUGGUUGUAGAGCAGCAUUCUCGAGUAGGUUGGAUCUACGUCGGGGAAUAUCCAUCGCUGCAUCGGGCGACAGAACAAUAAAAAGAAGCAAAUAAGGAAGAAGUAGCAGAAGAGAACCGAGGGACAUUUCGUUGCGGUCAAGAUUUGGUGAGGUAUGACUUCGUCUAUUUUCCUUACCAUGGCCGGCUGGACUAGUGACAAGUUUCGAUUGAGCUGCUUGGAGAAUCAGGGAUUCAAGCGAGCCCUGCUCAAGAUGCUUGUACUGGAUAAUGGAAAUAGCAAAAAUAAUAACAUCGAUGCCGAUAGAACUGCCACCGACUACCUGGUCGAACAAGGAGCGCCCAACAACAAGUCGUUGCUUAGCUUUUUUGCAAUCAACGCUCUUGAGCUGAGUGCCCCCGCUAGUCCCGUCCUACUGGAGCACAACGCUCCUGCGAUUCCCUCCGGUUGGCUACAACUUUCCGGUCACCCAAAAAGUAUUGCCCCCGUGGCCAAUGGCAUCGUUCGCAAGCGCACUUCCGGUCCCAAUGACGCCGAGGUUUCCGCCUAUCGGCUGCUGUCCGUUGACUCACACGCCUGCAAGGUGGUGCCCAAGUUCCUCGGGCUGCACCGGCUCGAGGGCGAACACUUCAUCGAACUGCAGGAUCUCCUACACGGUUUUCACGAUCCCAACGUGAUGGACAUCAAGGUCGGCUUCCGCACGUUUUCGGAAAACGAAGUCUCCAACACGACACUUCGCGAGGAUCUCUACCGAAAAAUGAUCGCCAUCGACCCGACGGCACCGACGGCCGAAGAACACCAGCAGAAAGCCAUCACCAAGCUGCGGUACAUGUUGUUCCGGGAGAACAUGUCCUCGUCCCACGAGAAAGGCUUCCGGAUAGAGGCCCUCAAAAUGCGUGGCUCCUCGCCGGUCACCGACAUGAAGACAGUCAAAACCGGUCAAGAAAUUCAGAAAACCAUAUCGAGUUUCGUGAACGGACGCAAAAGCGUCGUCAAGGAUAUGACCAAAAGACUGAAACAAAUGCGAACGCUGAUCGAAAAGUCGGAAUUUUUCCAGCGGCACCAGGUGGUCGGCAGCAGCAUUUUCAUCGUGUACGACGACCACAAAGUAGGCGUGUGGUUGAUAGAUUUUGCCAAAGCUUUACCGCUGCCCGUGGGUGUAAAGGUCGAUCAUCGUAGACGCUGGACCUUGGGAAACUGCGAGGAAGGUUUGCUGUUUGGGGUUGACGAGUUGAUACGAACCCUGGAAGACGUACACCGAAGUUUGCAGCAGUCGUCGAAUGAUUCCAGAAAGUACGGUCGACGAUAGAUCCUCGAGAUAGGUCGUUACUUCGUAGAUCGGAGAGCUAGUCAUGCUAUUUGGGGAGAACAUUCAAGAGAAAAGUAAACUAAGACUGAUUUUUAUUGGUUCUCGUCACCAAUAAAAACACUUUUUUUAGAUGCUAAUGCCAGUUAGUUAUAUUUAUAAGCAUAAUAUAGGUCAUAAUAUAAUCAAACGAAAACGAGUCAGCGUUCAAAACGACCGUCGAGGUUUAAUACUUAUUCAAAGACUUGCGUGGGAAAAACAUGUUCUACUUAAAGAAAAAAGACAUUACUUAAAUAAAACGCCAUUUUCUCCAGACACUUUUCCACAUUGGAAAAGACAAAACAUCAAUUUGCCUGCAAACUUGUCAUUGUAAAUUAUACUAUCGAGUAGUUUAAGCUUUAAACGCCCAAAGUCAUGUCAUUGUCGAAACUCCUCAUUUUAUAUUAUUCAGACUACUCACAAAGACUACAGCUUCACUAAGUUGAAAAAAAAUGUAGAUGGUCCAAGUUGAAUGGAUCAUUAUUUUAGAUGAAACUGUACUGUUCUUAUUUUGUUUUCAUUUUAUUUUUUUGUCAAAUAGAUAUCUGACAAAUACGUCAUCCCUGGGGAAUGGCAAAUAGAGUAACGACAGAUAUUCUCGGCAAACUGAAUAAAAAAGGUAAAAUUGUCGUUCAUAUAGGAGUUUGCGCAAAAGGCUGCCAGGAAUAUCUAUCGAUUCGCUAUGCAUAUAUUGGGAGGAACCAUAGGACCAAAAUAACAUUAGUUAAACUAGUUCAACUAUUUAGAUAGACGAAACCAAUAUUAUUUAUAAGGACUCAGCAACAUAAAAAUGUUGUGAUGAAUAAAUAUUAAAUAAAAUAUUAAAUAAA